AUGUCGCCCACAUCGAACUUGCUGGAAUGUGAAGCUCUACUUGAACCUGACCAACACUAUCCCUUGUUCAUCACUGCCAAGAAGUACUGGCUACCGGAAUUCGAAGCUCACUGGAACGAUGAGGAAGCAGUCACACUUGUUUUGCUUCAUUCAACCAGCUUUCAUAAGGAGACUUGGCAGCCUACCCUGGAACGUAUCUUCCAGUGUUCUUCAGCUCAUUCAUCCAAAUCGUUGAAAAUCAAAUGCGCAUGGGCAAUCGACUGCCCUAACCAUGGUGUAUCUGCUGCUCUCAACGAUGACGCACUUCAGCAGGCACCUUUUUACCGCACCUUCGGAUGCCGCAGAUAUGCAGAUGCGGUCCAUAGAUUUAUGUCUGCUGGACCAAGGUUCGGACCCAUGUUUGACUUCCGAACCCAGCGUCUUGUCGGAAUAGGCCAUUCUCUUGGUGGAGUUGCUAUAACAAUCUUGCAGAACCUUGAACCAGCCUUCAAUUUUUCUUCCGUCAUCCUCGUGGAACCCAUGCUCAGUCCAACUGCGGAGGCUGUGGAGCCAUUGCGCCGUAUCCUCAUUAAAUAUGCAUACGAGCGAAGAGAUGUGUGGUCUUCCAGAGAACACGCGUACCAGGAUCUGAAAUCAAAAAGGCGAUGUGAACGCUGGGACCCGCGCGUCCUGGAUUUGUAUAUCAAAUUUGGACUCCGGACUCACCCAGGUGCGCGUCACCUGCAAGCGCCCUACGAUGGUAUCAGCUUAGCAUGUUCACGUGAUGAAGAGGUGACGAUGUACAGAGAACCAGACGGUGCAACCAGACCGGUGCAGGACUUGGACAAGAUUUGCCCACGCAUUCCCGUCAACAUUGUGUUUGGAGACAACAAUGAAUACAUGUACGCAGUUCCUACAAACACAAGCUUGAUCCUUGACGGACAGAUAUGCGGUGCUGUAGACCCCGCGCAGUGCAGGAUGCCUUGA